AUGAAAAAUGAUCCAAGGCAUUUACUUCAUGAUCAUAAUGGCAAUGCAAAUAAACGUAAUCGUUUAAAUCAAACAUCUUUACAUUGUUUAUUAAUAGCUGGUAAUGAAGUUCGUCGAAAUGAAUGUCUUACAUUAUUAUUAAAAUGGAAAGAUAAACAAACAAAUGAAACUAUUGAUAUUGAUGCUAAAGAUUCAGAUGAUAAUACAGCCUUACAUUAUGCAGCUAAAAAUGGACUUAAAUCAUGUGUUGAAAGUCUUUUAAAUGCUGGUGCUGCACUUUAUGUUGAAAAUCGUGAAAAAUUAACUCCAUGUGAACUUGCUGAAAAAAAUGGUCAUAAAGAUUUAGCUAUUUAUCUUGAGUCAAGAAUGAUAUUUAGUAAUGGUUCAGAAGAAUUAGAAAUUGAUGAAUCACCAUUAAUGGCUGAUGAUACAUCAUGUGGUUUACGUAUUCAAGAUCUGCAAGAAGCUAAAGAUUUACUUCUCGUUGAAACUGCUGAUAUGUUACAAUUACCUUUAUUUACAGCUGAAGCUUUACUUCGACAUUAUGAAUGGUCAAAAGAAUCAUUGCUUCAAUCAUGGAUUGAUGAUCCCAUACGUUGUUGUGAAAUAUCUGGUGUUAAUCCUCCAUUAAGUCUUCUUCAUGAACGUGGUUUAACAACUAUAGAUAUAAAUGAAUUUGAUACAGUUCAUUUAUCUAAAGAAUGUGGAAUUUGUUUAAAAGAAUUUGAAAGUGGUGUUGAAAGAAUUGUUAUAUCAUGUGAUCAUCAAUUUUGUAAAGAUUGUUGGCAACAAUAUUUAACAUUUAAAAUUCAAGAAGGUUCUGUUCAUAGUAUAUUUUGUCCAGCUGUUGAUUGUUUUAAAUUUGUACCAAAUGAAAUAAUUGAAAAAUGUGUUGAUCAAAAUAUGGCAAGACGUUAUUUACAAUUUGAUAUAAAAGCAUUUGUUGAUUCAAAUCCAAAUUUUAAAUGGUGUCCUCAUAGUAAUUGUACACUUGCUGUACAAUCACCAAUAUUUGAUCGUCUUCAAUCAUCACAUAUGAGAGAAUUUUCAAAAUCAGUUAAUUGUCGAAAUGGACAUUAUUUUUGUUGGGAUUGUUUACAAGAAGGACAUGAACCAGCAUCAUGUGAAAAUUGGAAAGAUUGGUUCGAAAAAAUUGCAGAAAUCAAACCAGAAGAAUUAAAAGGAACAGCAGAAGAAGAAGAAAUAGCUGCUAAUUGUUUAUGGCUUGUAACUAAUUCAAAAAAAUGUCCAAAUUGUUCAAUAUCUAUACAGAAGAAUGAAGGAUGUAAUCAUAUAAAAUGUGUUAAAUGUAAAUAUGAUUUUUGUUGGAUAUGUUUGGAAGCAUGGAAAAAACAUUCAAGUACAACAGGUGGUUAUUUUCAAUGUAAUCGUUAUGAAACUGUAAAUAAAAUAGUUGCUAAAGAAAAAGAAUUAGUAACUGCUGCUGAACAACGUCAUUUACGUAUGGUUGAAUUAAAUAAAUUUGUUCAUUAUUAUACACGUUUUAAAAAUCAUGAAAAUUCUUAUAAAUUCGAAGAACCAUUAUCAAAAAGUGCAAAAGAAAAAUGUGAAAUUAUACUUGCUAAAUCAAGUCAACCAACACAAACAACAGCAACAACAACAACAACAACAACAACAACAACAACAACGACAACAACAACUUCACCUUCAAUUACAAUAAAUGAUGAAAAUAAUUUUGAAUUACAAACAAAAUUUAUUGAAGAUGCUAUUAAAGAAUUAUUACGUGCACGACGUGUUUUACGUUGUUCAUAUGUUUAUGGUUAUUAUUUAGAAAAUUCAGGUCAUAAAAAAAUGAUAUUUGAAUUUAUUCAAACAGAAUUUGAAGAAUGUACAGAAACAUUAUCACAAAUUAUAGCACGACCUUAUUUACGUACACCUAAACAUCGUAUUGUACAAGUAACUAAAACAGUUAAACGUAAACGUUUAGAAUUUCUUGAAACAAUUGCACGUGGUCUUAUACCACCAGAUACACCACCUAGUUUAAAAAAAUUUUCAAGACAACGUUGGAAAUAUUUACUUAAAGAUGAUGUUGAUGGUGAUGAUAAUGAAUUAAAAAAAGCCAUUGCAGCUUCAUUGAAAGAUUUAGAUCCAAAAAAUCCAUGGGUUGUAGAUCGUAAAGGACGACAUACAAAUCUUGUUGCAUUACUUAAUGAAUGGCCAGAAUUAGAAAUGGAAAUGGAUUCAAGUCUUGUUGCUUGUGAUGAUGGUGCCUAUUGUAAACGUCGUCAUUGUUAUAAUCGUCGUGCACGAAAUCCUACAACAACAGUUCCUUUUGAUUAUUGUUCAUUAAAAUGUUUACGUUUAGAUCGUACUGAACAAUUAGAAGGCGAAGAACGAGAAAUGGAACAAAGUUUAGUAGCAUUAAAUGGUUCACCAGCUACGAAUACUCCUUCUACAACAGCUAGUGUAUCAACAAAUGAUUCCGUAUAUUAUCAACAUAAUACUGAUGAUAAUCUACCACCAGUUGUUGUUGUUGUACCAUCAGAUGAUGUUAUGGAUUUACUUCGAGCUAUUGAAAUGAGUCGUUUACAAGCUGUACGAGAACAUGAACAAAAUAUUAAUCGAUCAAAUACAAAUAAUAAUACUAAUACUAAUAAUAAUAAUAAUAAUAAUUCAAUUUUAAGUACAAAUGAUAAAAUUGAUUAUUUUAAUGAUUUACAACAAGCUAUUGAAUUAUCAAUAAUAGCAAAAAUUGAACAAAAACCAAUAGAUGAAACACCAACAUCUACUGAAUCUCAACAAGAUAAUUCUCAAUUGAUUGAUGUAGCAGCAGUAGCAGCAACAAUGCCAAGUUUAGAUUUAUUUAUUGAAGAUAAUGUUGAUACACUUAAUUCAAUAAUGAUGAAUUUACAACCAUCAAUUGAAAAAGAUUAUUUAUAUGAAAAUUCUAAAAUUAUUGAUUUUGCUCAUAAACAUAAUGAAUUAAAAGAAAAUUUACAAAAACCUGAUGAACUUAAAGAAUAUGAAGAUUUUGAUUUAAAAUGUAUUGAAACAUCAUAUCAUCAACAACAAACUGAACUUAAAAGAAAACUUAGUAAUAAAAAAAAUAAAGAUGUUAUUUUACCAUUACAAUCAAAUGAUAUUGUAACAGUAUCUGCGGCUACAGCUGGUUCAUUAACAGAUACAUCUCAUAAUUUAUUACAACGAAAACGUUCAAAUCAAGAUGUUGAUAUUCGACCUUGUGAACCAAAUGAAAGAUUCGAUAAUUAUCGAUCAUCAAUUAAUCAAAAUGAUAAUCAACAAUAUGAACAUACUUGGUUUAAUGAACCCGUAUCAACAUCAACUACUCGUGCUAUUGUUGAACGACGUCCAAUAACGCCGUCCGAAGAUGAAUCCAAUUUUGCUUAA